CCUGUCAGGAAUUGGCCAAUCAGGGGUCUCCAUUCCGGACGGCGCUGUGCCUUGCUGUGCGCUAAGCUAAUUUUCUGGCAGAAAGCUAAAAACAAACCUCAUAAACCGACCGCACCUUCUGGUUUCCUGCUCCGAACAUCUCCAGGAGGAUCAGGGUCGGACUUUAGUCCAGAACCGAACCAUGGUUGGUGUUAAAGUGAUCAGCAGCGACCCGGACUUCCAGCCGGAGUUAGCGGCCGCCGGCUCCAGGCUAGCCGUGGUGAAGUUCACAAUGGCCGGCUGUCGGCCCUGCAUCAGAAUAGCUCCAGCUUUCAACAUGUUCAGCAACAAAUAUCCUCAGGUGGUCUUCCUGGAGGUGGACGUUCAUGUCUGCCAGGGAACCGCGGCGGCCAACAACAUCUCAGCGACGCCCAGCUUCCUGUUCUUCAGGAACCGGGUUCGGGUGGAUCAGUAUCAGGGAGCAGACGCCGCGGGCCUGGAGGAGAAGAUCAAACAGCACACAGAGAACGACCCGGGAAACAGUGAGGACUCCGACAUUCCCAAGGGAUACAUGGACCUCAUGCCUUUCGUCAACAAAGCCGGCUGCGAGUGCCUCAACGAGAGCGACGACUGCGGCUUCGACAACUGCCUCAUCAAAGACUCGUCUUACCUGGAGUCUGACUGCGACGAACAGCUGUUGAUAACCAUGGCCUUCAACCAGCCUGUCAAGCUGUUCUCCAUGAAGCUCCAGUGUUCAGAUUUAGCUCAGGCCCCAAAGGAGAUGAAGAUCUUCAUCAACCUUCCUCGGUCGAUGGGCUUCGACGACGCUGAGCGGAGUGAAGCCACCCAGACCCUGGAGCUGUCUGAGGAAGACUACAAAGACGACGGUCUGAUUCCUCUACGCUACGUCAAGUUUCAAAAUGUCCAGAGUGUAACGUUGUUUGUCAAGUCAAACCAGGGAGAGGAGGAGACGACAAAGAUCAACUACCUGACGUUCAUCGGCACCCCGGUUCAGGCCACUAACAUGAACGACUUCAAGAGGGUCGUCGGGAAGAAAGGUGAGAGUCACUGAGCAGCAGAACCCAGUCCAGGGAGGAUGAGGAGAAGAAGAAGAGGCCGCGGGAGGAAACCAUCCGCAGCGACCGCCAUCUUCCCUCCUGCUGCGGCGUUCAGACCUCAUUUAUAUUGUAACUCUGUUGAAAUCGCUGUAAAUAAAAUCCAACCCUUUUUCAAAGGCA